AUCAACAUCAUCUUCCUCUCCAGAGGUGGAUCCGAACAUCUGGUCCUGCAAACAUGUUUCUUCUCUCCUGGAUCAUGACUGUGGUCCUGGUGGUGCAGGUUGAAGCUGGAGUUGGGCCGAGUAACUCGACCAGCAGUUACUGUACAGAAUCCCGCGAGUGUCUGCUGUACGAUCAGGUCUGCAGGACGGACGAGUACGAGGUACGUCACUACUCGCCGACCCGCUGGGUGUCCACGGACGCAGAGGCGUAUCUGAUGGGCGUGGGGGCGGCCAUGGCCUUCAGACGUCUCCACCAGUACAUCAGCGGGUCCAAUCGAGAAGGUAUUGACAUGCAGAUGACGGCUCCGGUUCUGGUCCUGGUACCCGAAGAGACUCGCAUGUGGGAGCCCGCCCUCUACACCCUCAGCUUCCUGCUGCCCUCCACCUAUCAGCAGCUUCCGCCUCCCGCCCCGACCAACGACAAGGUGUAUUUUACCGAGAUGCCGGAGAUGGACGUGUACGUGAGGACCUUCGGCGGGUGGAUGCUGUCGCUCAGCUCCAGGCUCCACAGACAGAUGCUAAUCAAAGAGCUGCAGCGCGUCAAUGCUAACUACAACCGCACCUACCACUACGCCGUGGGAUACGACAGUCCUCUGAAGCUCCUGAACAGACAUAACGAGCUGUGGUAUGUGGUGGAGGGUGAACCGGUGUGCGGCGGCGCCACAAAGGGAACCGCCGACGACCCCGCGGCUACCGCUAACCCUGUAGCUAAUGCAACCGCUACGACUGCUCCACCAGGUGGCGGGAAGACAGCUGAUGAACCGGCGGCUCGGUGAGACUUGGACCCAAACCUGUUCAGCCUACAGCAGUGAAGCCACGCCCAUUCAGCAGUGAAGCCACGCCCACUCAGCCUACAGCAGUUUAUCCAAAACAGUUCAGCCUACAGCAGUGAAGCCACGCCCAUUCAGCAGUGAAGCCACGCCCACUCAGCCUACAGCAGUUUAUCCAAACCUGUUCAGCCUACAGCAGUGAAGCCACGCCCAUUCAGCAGUGAAGCCACGCCCACUCAGCCUACAGCAGUUUAUCCAAACCUGUUCAGCCUACAGCAGUGAAGCCACGCCCAUUCAGCAGUGAAGCCACGCCCACUCAGCCUACAGCAGUUUAUCCAAACCAGUUCAGCCUACAGCAGUGAAGCCACGCCCAUUCAGCAGUGUAGCCACGCCCACUCAGCCUACAGCAGUUUAUCCAAACCAGUUCAGCCUACAGCAGUGUAGCCACGCCCACUCAGCCUACAGCAGUUUAUCCAAACCAGUUCAGCCUACAGCAGUGAAGCCACGCCCAUUCAGCAGUGUAGCCACGCCCACUCAGCCUACAGUUUAUCCAAACCAGUUCAGCCUACAGCAGUGUAGCCACGCCUACUCAGCCUACAGCAGUGUAGCCACGCCCAUUCAGCCUCAAGUAUUAAUAAAAAAAUGAUAAACUAAUAAAGACGCACCAUCGUU